AUGCAUACUGCUAAUCCCAAUAUUUCCCAACAACCUUUAAUGUCAUCCGUUCUUGAUGAUAACAAUACAACUCUAACAACAUCGGAUACAGCUACGACGCUCGAACGACUUAAACAAAAUUUAAAUGGUAAUAUUUCUAAUAAUAUUAAUAAUUCUUCAAUAUCAUCAUCAACACAAACGAAUCACUGUCAAUUGCAUACAAAAAUAUUUUCGAAUAGCGAAAAAGAAAUCCUGAGACUUAUCGGACAGCAUUUACAAAGUGUUGGCUUAAGUCACACAGUCGAUAGUCUCAUAUUAGAAAGUGGUUGUGUACUAGAACAUGAGCAGGCAUCAAACUUUCGUGAUUUGAUUAUAUCAGGAAAAUGGACAGAAGCACUUAUAGCUCUCGAUAAAUUAAAACAAUAUAUUGCAGAACAGGACGGCAUCCAACAAAUGAAAUAUUUAAUUCUUGAACAGAAAUAUUUUGAAUUAAUUGAAGAUGAACAAGCUAUGGAAGCACUUCAUUGUUUAAGAAAUGAAAUUCGACCAUUGAAUAUUCGUAUUGAACGAACUCAUCAAUUAACUGCAUUUCUUAUGUUUACAUCAAUGAAAGAUAUGUACAAAGCAGCGAAUUGGUCUGGAAAAGGUUUUGCAUCAAGAGACAAGUUAAUGGAAAAAUUACAAAAAUAUUUCCCGCCCGAUAUCAUGUUACCACCGAAACGACUUGAAUCCCUAUUAUCCCAAGCCAUUCAAUUACAACAAGAACAGUGUACAUAUCAUGUUGAACCAGGAAGAUUAUCUAUUGAAGAUGUAUCAUUACUUCAAGAUCAUACAUGUAGCAAACAAACAUUACCAUGUGUUACCGUUCAAACAUUAACAAAUCAUACCGAUGAAGUAUGGUUUUGUAAAUUUUCUCCCGACGGUACUAAACUUGCAACGGGCUCCAAAGAUGGCAAUUUGUAUAUAUACGAUGUUGAUAUGACAACAUAUAAGUUAAAAUUACGAAAGCAUUUCGACGGUCAUUCAUUUGGUAUUGGUUUUAUCGCUUGGUGUCCGUUUAGCCGAUAUAUAAUAGCCUGUGGUACGGAUGAAUGUAGUGAAAUUUGGAUAUGGGAUAUUCAACGAGAAGAACAACGAUCACGUAUUCAUCAUACUCCGGAUGAUAGUUUAACUUGUGCUGCAUGGUUACCAUGCGGAACAAGAUUUGUAUGUGGAGGAUCUCGUGGGCAAUUUUAUUACUGUGAUAUUGAUGGUAACGUAAUUGAUAAUUGGGAGGGUGUCCGCUUGCAAUGUUUAAAUGUAACUAGCGAUGGAGUUAUAUUAGCAGCUGAUGCUCAAAAACGUAUUAGCUCAUAUAAAUUUGACAGUUUAACUGAUCAACAAAUAAUUCACGAAGACCAUCCAAUUAUGUCAUUCACAAUAAGUAAAGAUGGCCGUUUAGCUCUUCUUAAUAUUGCAACACAAGGUGUUCAUCUAUGGGAUUUACAUGAUAGACAGUUGCUUCGUAAAUAUCAAGGUGUUACACAAGGACACUAUGUCAAUCAUGCAACAUUCGGCGGACCUAAUGAAGAAUUUAUAGCAAGCGGUAGCGAAGAUUCAAAAGUUUAUUUAUGGCAUCGAAAACAGGAACGUCCAAUAAUGAUCUUUUCUGGCCAUACACGUACUGUUAAUUGUGUAUCAUGGCAUCCCAUAUUACCAUUAUUAUUUGCUUCAGCAUCAGAUGAUGCAACGGUUCGAAUAUGGUCGACUAUAGAACAUCAAUGCCAAACAGAAUCUUCAACUAACAGUGAUUGA